GGAAAAUCUUUCUUCCAUCUGGUGGGAACAACUUGACCUUUUUGAAACAACCAAUUGUGAAAAUAAAGUGGUCACUUGAUCCUGUUUUAUCUACGAAUAUAAAUCGGUCUUGGAGUUUCAAAAGUAGAGCCAGUGGCAAAGAUGAAAUACUUGGCGAAGUAUCUCGUACUGGUGAUAUUACUAUAGUAACCAGGUUAUAUGAGAUUGAUAUAGAAAAACCAGCAACAUUGGUUUUGAAGAACAUUGAUGAGAGAUAUAGUGGAGCAUACAAGUUUACUCUUUACCCAGGAUUACCUGGCCCCAGUAUAUCUGAAGUUGUCGUUUUUAUUGCAC